AAACCAAUCGAAUUACCCGUUAGCCAUCAUUAGUUCUUCGAUCAGAGCGCCAAAUCGAAAAACAAGAUAAAUUCACAAUUCCUCUGCUUCACAAUUCAAUUGCUUCCCAAUUCACCUACUUCGCAUUGUAUCUUAAUCGAAGAAGAUGACGGACGAAGAGGACACUAGAUCGGAUGAUAUUGCUGAUGAAGAUAAGCGACCUGCGAUAAAGCAAAUGGCGAAGCGACCGAAGGCUUAUAGAGUCUUCAACAAACGCACCUUAACCGUUGAGGAAUCUCCUCAUGUUGUCUUUGCCGAAAAUGAUGCUCGCUUGGCGAGAAAGGUUUCUUGUGAUGAUCUUGUAGAUUCAUUGGAGAACAUCUAUCUCAACGACAAUGACGAAGGAGAAAACUCAAAGGAAAGCCAAGAUGUGGAAGUAGAGCCACCCCGAUGUCAUAUUACGGAUGCACUGCUGCAUCACAACCGAGAUGACCCCGGAGUAGAAACUGAUGAUGUUGUAAAGCUAGCAUUGCUGCAUCUGUUGGGCAAUGUUAUGUUUGGGCACCAGUCAUGUGUUAGUUUUCCUAUUGGAUACAUUAACCUAGUAGAUGAUUUGGGUGCAUUCAAUAAAUUCCCAUGGGGUGAAGUCAUAUGGGAAGAGUUGUUAACACAUGCUGGGAGAUGUGCACAAUCCCUUAAUGCUCGUGGAAGGGGAAGAGUGACGUUUGGAGGGUUUGUCUUUGCCUUACAGGUAUGGGCAUUUGAGAAAUUUCCUUCCUUGAGAGAGUCGGGGCAUUGUCAAAUUGUAAAAGGAAGAGAAGAUUGGAUUCCACGUUGCCUAAGGUGGGAGAUUUAUGCAAAGAUUUCAGCACAGUUUCUUCAUGAAGCCAUAUUUGAAAAUCCAGAGUUUGAAGUGUCAAAGAUUGUUCCAAGUGAGAAGGAGUUAAAUGAUCCUUCAUUGGCAUUAUUUGCUAGUGAAUACAUAAGAAGGGGGAUAGAUGACACUGUGCAACAUAUUGAGUGCUCAGAAAAGGGUGCAACUGUAGCAAGAAAUCUGAGUGUUGGCAGUGCUAAGAAAAGGAAACUUUCAACAAUGAUAAAAGCCCAAAACAAGCCAAAAGAGAAGAGAAAGAAAAUUAUUCACAGCAUGAAAGGGGAAUUUCUUCCAAAAAGAAAAUCAAAGAGGAAGAAGGAGAGUCAGAGUCAGAUUAUAACAAUUCUCAAUGACAUGAAAAAAAUGCAGGAAAGCCAAGGGAAAGUGCUGAAGAUGAUCCUUGAGCAGUUAGAAAGACAAAAGGGAGAUGAUACAGAGGAGAGGGGUUUUAAAAAGAUAGAUGAUGAAAUUGUCAAUGAGAAUGUUGAGAGUGAAGACAUGGAAAAUAAAAACAUGGGGAAGGAUACUAUUUUGGAAGAAGAUGGCACUGACCAUGGAGAUGUGGGAAAGGAUGCUACUUCCAGACAUGAUGACAAUGAUCUUGGUCAUGUUGACACCACAGUCAGUAAUGAGGGAGAUGAUAAAAUCAAAGAAGGUAUGAGAGAUGAAAGAAGCAUUGAGACUUUUCCUAAGUUGUCUGAAACACAGUUCAGUGAUCAGUUCUUUGAACAAAUGGACAAAGAAGUGAAUACUAUUUUGAGAGGCACAAUUGAAGGAAAUAUCUUUGAGAAGGAAGGUGGAUCUGAUAUGGAGCCUGCAGCUAAUGCGAUGGAUUCUACAAUUGAUGAACAAGGAAUCACUAUAAAUUUGGCUAUAAACAGUGUAACUGUUUAUAUUGUUUUGCAGUUGCCUGAAGAGGAGAUGGAUAUAAAAGGGAAAUGUAUGGAUGUGGAUGUUGCAACUAAAGAGCUUGUUGAGCAUGUGAAAAUGGAUACGAUAAUUGAUGCACAACCAAUAAGUGAAUACAAUGGAAAUGCUGAAAGUGAAGCCCCUUGUGUGCAGACACGUAAGAGUAAGAGGCAAACUAAAGCGCCCCAAAAGCUCUCACUUUCAAGGCGAAAGGUGCAAAACAAGACACAGAAAAUGAAGGAAGCUGUGAAGAGCAAGUUUGAAGUAACUCUGAGUCAAAUGGAAGUCGUGAUUGGACCAUUCAGCCUGAACCCUAAGGAAAUGCCCCCACAAGAAGAUAUUGAUAAACUUAAGACAUUUCUUGAAUGUGGUGUGUUGAAGAGGAAGGGUAGAACAGGAGUGAGAAAGAUUUAUACAAAAGGAGAUGAAAACAUGACAAAGAAGCCUAUCGUACUGGAUAAGUUCAUAAUCAGCAGCAAAACAUGGCUUUAUGAUCUCUUCAUGGAUCAAGAGUGGCUGGAUACACUGCAUAUGGAGGUUGGCAUGUUUUACUUGGAGGUGAAAAGAUUCAACUACAAGCUCACACAAACAUACUCAACUGUGACACCUUUUUUCUUGGAAUGUCUUAAGCGCCAUCAAGACGACAUUGAUAAGAAAAUUAAAACCAAAGAAGAUGUUGGAAGCGUUUCAAACUUGACAGCUGAAGUGUUUGGUUUUGCAAGAAAAUGUGCUAUCCCAUGGGCCCGAUCAGAUUUUGUCUAUAUGCCACUGAAUACUGGGGGGCAUUGGGUGCUGCUAGUGUUAGCGGUGGAGUCCAAAAUAGUAUGGGUUUAUAAUUCAAAGGGAGGGAGAUCUCUUAAAGACAUUGCUGAAUAUAGCACUUGCAUCAAAUGCCUUCUACCCAAGUUAAUGGAUUUGUCUGAUGUCUACAUUAAUCAUCCUGGACCAAUGGGAGACAACAAGCUUGAUUUGAAGGCUGUAGAUUUUUGCCCACAACAGACUGAUGCUGGGAAUUGUGGUAUGUUUGUGCUUAAAAUUGCAGAGUACCUCAUGAUGGAUAUGGACAUUAGGGACAUCCGUACAGAUCAGAUGGCAGCAUAUAGGAUGAAGAUGGCUACAGAGCUAGUUCGAUUUGCAGAGUCAAAUAUGGCUGCAAAGGAGUGACUAUAAAACAUAUUGAUGUUA